GCGCACGGCCGGGUUAGGCGGAGCGGCGCCGCCGUCGGCCACGCUCCCACCCCCGCAGCCGGCGCGGGCGGUGGUAGCGCCUCAGUGGUGUGGGCCUGCGUCCUGCUCAGGUGUCCGUACUGCAGCCGGCCGACCGUGUUUCUCGAUCAACAUGGGAGACUCCAGUGUGGAGGCUGGCGCCACCGCAUCUGACACGGUGGCUGAAGAAGUGUCCCUUUUCAGCACGAUGGACAUGAUCAUGUUUUCCCUCAUUGUGGGUCUCCUGACAUACUGGUUCCUCUUCAGGAAGAAGAAAGACGAAGUCCCCGAGUUCACCAGAAUUCAGACCACGACCUCCUCUGUCAAAGACAGCAGCUUCGUGGAAAAGAUGAAGAAGACGGGCAGGAACAUCGUCGUGUUCUACGGCUCCCAGACGGGGACCGCCGAGGAGUUUGCCAACCGCUUGUCCAAGGACGCCCAUCGCUACGGGAUGCGGGGCAUGGCGGCAGACCCGGAGGAGUAUGACCUGGGCGACCUGAGCAGCCUGUCAGAGAUUGAGAACGCCCUGGCAGUGUUCUGCAUGGCCACCUACGGCGAGGGGGACCCCACUGACAAUGCCCAGGACUUCUAUGACUGGCUUCAGGAGACGGACGUGGACCUCUCUGGGGUCAAGUAUGCGGUGUUUGGCCUUGGGAACAAGACCUAUGAGCACUUCAACGCCAUGGGCAAGUAUGUGGACAAGCGGCUGGAGCAGCUCGGGGCCCAGCGGAUCUUUGAUCUGGGGCUGGGCGACGACGACGGGAACCUGGAGGAGGACUUCAUCACGUGGCGAGAGCAGUUCUGGCCGGCCGUGUGCGAGCACUUAGGGGUGGAAGCCACUGGAGAGGAGUCCAGCAUUCGCCAGUAUGAGCUUGUGGUCCACACAGACAUAGACGUGGCCAAGGUGUACGUGGGCGAAAUGGGCCGCCUGAAGAGCUAUGAGAACCAGAAACCCCCCUUCGACGCCAAGAACGCCUUCUUGGCUGUCGUCACCACCAACCGGAAGCUGAACCAGGGAACCGAGCGACACUUCAUGCACCUGGAAUUAGACAUCUCAGACUCCAAAAUCAGGUAUGAAUCUGGAGACCACGUGGCUGUUUACCCAGCCAACGACUCUGCCCUGGUCAACCAGCUCGGCGAGAUCCUGGGUGCCGACCUGGACGUUAUCAUGUCCCUGAACAAUCUUGACGAAGACUCCAACAAGAAGCACCCGUUCCCCUGCCCCACCUCCUACCGCACGGCCCUCACCUACUACCUGGAUAUCACCAACCCGCCCCGCACCAACGUGCUCUACGAGCUGGCCCAGUACGCCUCAGAGCCCUCGGAACAGGAGCAGCUGCGCAAGAUGGCCUCCUCCUCGGGCGAGGGCAAGGAGCUGUACCUGAGCUGGGUGGUCGAGGCUCGAAGGCACAUCCUGGCCAUCCUGCAGGACUACUCGUCCCUGCGGCCCCCCAUCGACCACUUGUGUGAGCUGCUGCCUCGUCUCCAGGCCCGCUACUACUCCAUCGCCUCGUCCUCCAAGGUCCACCCCAACUCCGUGCACAUCUGUGCGGUGGCUGUGGAGUAUGAAACCCAGUCUGGCCGCGUUAACAAGGGCGUGGCCACCAGCUGGCUGCGGGCCAAGGAGCCCUCCGGGGAGAACGGCCACAGGGCCCUGGUGCCCAUGUUCGUGCGCAAGUCCCAGUUCCGCCUGCCCUUCAAGGCCACCGUACCUGUCAUCAUGGUGGGCCCCGGCACCGGGGUUGCCCCCUUCAUAGGCUUCGUCCAGGAGCGGGCCUGGCUGAGGCAGCAGGGCAAGGAGGUGGGGGAGACGCUGCUCUACUACGGCUGCCGCCGCUCUGACGAGGACUACCUGUACCGCGAGGAGCUGGCCAAGCUCCACCAGGACGGCGCCCUCACCCAGCUCAACGUGGCCUUCUCCCGGGAGCAGCCCCAGAAGGUCUACGUGCAGCACUUGCUGAAGAGGGACAGGGAGCACCUCUGGAAGCUGAUCCACGACGGGGGCGCCCACAUCUACGUCUGUGGGGACGCUCGGAACAUGGCGAGGGACGUGCAGAACACCUUCUACGACAUCGUGGCCGAGCAGGGGGCCAUGGAGCACGCCCAGGCCGUGGACUAUGUCAAGAAGCUGAUGACCAAGGGCCGCUACUCCCUGGACGUGUGGAGCUAGGAGCACCCGGGCCGCCUUGCUCUGCUCUGCACGCCCUACAGACUCGCUCCCCAACGUGAUCGCUUUCCUCGCUCCCCUCUGCCAGUCGCCUAGGUGGGUUCUGCUGGCCCUGCCACAGGAGGCAGGCCCAGUGACUGACAGAGACUGCUCCAGGCCUGAGCUGUACCCUCGGACCCGCCAGCCCCAGGGGGCGUGGCUACGGGUGACCGGGCUGAUGCUCCGUGAACACCUCGGGCCCUCGCUGGCUGAACAGGAGGGGCUGCUCCUCUCAGCUGAGUGGGGCCUGGCCCCUCCCCGUGAUUUUCAAUGAGUGUAAAUAAUUUUAAAUAACCUCUGGCCCUUGGAAUAAAGUUCUGUUUUCUGUA